GGCAGUGGUUGAGCUCCUGGCAGGCUGGACUCACGGGCGAUGGCUGCGCUUCCAGGCUCGGCGGCUCGACCCUCGGGCGGCUGCUGCUGCUCCGUACACUGGUUCCGUCGGGGUUUGCGACUUCACGACAACCCUGCGUUGCAGGCGGCCAUCCGGGAUGGCGGCUCCGUGCGCUGCAUCUACAUCUUGGACCCUUGGUUCGCGGCGUCUUCCGCUGUGGGCAUCAACCGCUGGCGGUUUUUGCUGCAGUCCCUGGAAGAUUUGGAUAACAGUUUAAGAAAACUCAACUCUCGCUUGUUUGUCGUCCGAGGCCAGCCAACAGAUGUUUUUCCAAGACUCUUUAAAGAAUGGGGGGUGACUCGUCUAACCUUUGAAUAUGACUCGGAGCCCUUUGGAAAAGAGAGAGAUGCAGCUAUAAUGAAGUUGGCUAAAGAAGCUGGAGUAGAGGUGGCAGUGGAGAACUCACAUACUCUUUAUGAUCUGGACAGGAUAAUUGAGCUGAAUGGACACAAGCCUCCUCUCACCUACAAGCGUUUCCAGGCCAUCAUUAGUCGCAUGGACCUACCCAAGAAGCCAGUGGCCACUAUAACAAAUCAGCAAAUGGAGAGGUGCAAGACAGAAAUCCAAGAAAAUCAUGAUGAAACAUAUGGAGUUCCAUCCCUGGAAGAGCUGGGUUUCCCCACUGAGGGUCUUGCCCCAGCUGUUUGGCAAGGAGGGGAGUCUGAAGCAUUAACUCGUCUGGAUAAGCAUCUGGAAAGAAAGGCAUGGGUUGCGAACUAUGAAAGGCCAAGGAUGAACGCCAAUUCAUUGCUGGCUAGCCCCACUGGGCUCAGUCCCUACCUUCGGUUUGGCUGCUUGUCCUGCCGCUUAUUCUACUAUCGGCUCUGGGAACUAUACAAAAAGGUGAAGCGGAACAACACUCCACCUCUUUCGCUAUAUGGCCAGUUACUCUGGAGAGAAUUUUUUUAUACAGCUGCCACAAACAAUCCCAAAUUUGACCGUAUGGAGGGGAACCCAAUCUGCAUUCAGAUCCCAUGGGAUAGGAACCAUGAAGCCUUGGCAAAGUGGGCAGAAGGCAAGACGGGCUUCCCCUGGAUUGAUGCUAUCAUGACGCAGUUGAGACAGGAGGGUUGGAUUCAUCACCUAGCCCGCCAUGCUGUAGCCUGCUUUCUGACCAGGGGUGACCUGUGGAUCAGCUGGGAGUCAGGAGUGAGGGUAUUUGAUGAGCUUCUCCUGGAUGCAGAUUUCAGUGUGAAUUCAGGCAGCUGGAUGUGGCUUUCGUGCAGUGCUUUUUUCCAACAGUUCUUCCACUGCUAUUGCCCUGUUGGCUUUGGGCGUCGUACAGAUCCCAGUGGUGACUACAUCAGGCGAUAUCUGCCCAAGUUGAAAGGCUUUCCCUCACGGUAUAUCUACGAGCCCUGGAAUGCCCCUGAGUCUGUGCAGAAAGCUGCAAAAUGUGUCAUUGGGGUAGACUAUCCAAAACCCAUGGUGAACCAUGCAGAGACCAGCCGACUGAACAUUGAGCGCAUGAAACAGAUCUACCAGCAGCUCUCACGUUACAGAGGCCUUUGUUUGUUGGCCUCUGUCCCUUCCUGCAUGGAAGACCUCAGCAACCCAGUCACAGACCCUUCUGCAAGCCAGGGAAGCUGCACUAAUACAAUGUUAAGGCAGAUCCAAUGUGGCCAGACUUCUCCAAAGCGGAAGCAUGAUGUUGUAGAGGAACACAAUGAAGAGCUGUACAAACGAGCAAAGGUGAUGGCUCUGCAGAUUCCAAAGACCCCACGGCAAGAACUUGUGCAUCCUGAAAUGGGAAAUUGACAAGACAACUCAUGUCCUGGAACAGCCACUGCAGUAGCAGAGAAGGAUUUUGGCCAGAAGAAUCAGAACAUUGACCAACAACUUUACCUGUUGAGUGUGUAAAUGUGUAGCAGAGAUAGCUGCCACAGAAGGAGUUCUAAACUCCUGUGCAGGAUGCAGUGAGCAAGUACCAUCAAUAAACAACAGCUUUUGAGAACAAAUCUAUGGCUCUCCUGAGAGACACUUGGAAUUGGCUAAGAAAAGACUUGGGAUAAGACUUGCUCAUUCCUAAGUAUAUCCCACUUAUCUCCAGUGGGAUACAGUUGUUGCUCCAUUUAGAGCAUCUCUUACUUUGUGUUUCCUCAUCUCGGUUGAUUAUCAGGUACUGAGAUGAACCAUGCAAAAUAUUUUAUGAGCACCAUAGUACUGGCAGGUGCAGCUGUUAAACACUCCAAACGGUCUGACAUUCAAGCAGAAGUAACAUAAUGUAGCAGAUGAGCACAUCAGUGAAAACACUGCUAUAACAGCCUAGGGUUAUAAUAUUAAUACUUGGAUGGUGAUAAUGGCAGUAAUAUUUCUGUUAGAGCUGAAAGACCAUUAUGGUUCUUCCACUACAUCGUGUUCAUACUCCUAUUCAUUUAUGAAAAGAAGUAUUCUAAAUGCAUGGUUUUCCUGUGGGAAGGGCUAUGUGUUGCAAUUCUGCAAGAGCACAGAGUAUCGUAUAGAAAUUUGCUUCCAUAACAAAUCUCAAGCAUUCAGAUUUCUCAAAAGUAAGUUUCUAGUCCUUAUAGUUGAAAAGGUGUGCUUGAAAGCAAGCCAGAUUCAUUGCUGAGUAAGAUUUCUUGUGGCCAAUUUUAGCUUCAGUGUACUACAUAGCUUCCUGCCUCUCCCCAUGACUUGCAGAAAUGGAAUAAAUUAUACAAAGUAAGGGAUCACACAUGUGCUUCACUUGCGUAGUUUGCAGUUAACAAAACUGCUUUUCUUGCAAAAAUUUAAUUUUUUUAGCAAAAUGUUUUUAAAACACUAAGUAUAACAGUAUUGUGAGAGUAAACUUCCUUCUUAUAAGUGGGCUCCUCAGAAACUAUGCUUACUUUAGGAAGAGUUUUCCAACCUCAUAAGACCCUGGAAUAUCCUCCUUUACUGUAAGAAGCUCAUGGAAUAGAUUGAACCAAGUCUAUUGUGUGGAGUUAACAAUGAGAUUAAGGCCGUUUUUACACCUGCCUUUUCCCCCGGGAUCUCCCUGGGAUCAUCCGUGUGCAUGCAAAUGACACACGGGAUCCUUGGAGCAGGCAAGGAUGUUCCCUCCAUUUUCCUGGGAUAAAUCCUUAGGUGUAGAAAGGGCCUAAGUGAGACUGAAAGUCCUCUCCUGUGUGGAUUUUCCCCACAAUCAUCUUCUGAAGUGAUUAGUCCCUCUUCCCAGCUGUAGGUUGCAAUGCAUUUACAUCAUCUUUUUUAGGUAUUCCUUGAAUCCUGUACCCUGCACUGCAGGCCUUGCCUUCAACUUAUUGAGCACUUGGAAUUCUAGCCAGACAAGAUAAUAAUUCCUUCAGAUUAUUGAUCAUGUUCCCUUCAUUUAUUUUCAGUGUAGCCUUGGCAGGGUUGCUGGCCCCCUCCCAGGCUCAGAGCAGUGGGAAGUAUCAUUUUUGUGACCUUGAGAAGAGAUAGGUUCAUGUAGCUGGUAUCAUGCGGUGAAAUAACCUGUCCUGUGUAAAGUACUUCAAAACUGUUAGCAGUUCAAUUCCAGGAUCAUUACAGAUGAUGUUACAUUUCUCAGUUGCACAGAGCUAUAAAACAUCCUAAUAACCCACUCCCUCAUGGGAUUGGGUCUUUCAAAAAUGGGGACCUAGUCUUUGGACCAUUGAACAUUGACAAGAUGACAGUGAAGAACAGAUGGUGACACCUGAAGCCGUGAAUAUGUAGGAAGGUUGUAUCUUUCUAAUUAAGGGGCUCUUUUCUGACAAACUUAUUUAAGACUCUUGUCCAAUGAAAUCCUUGGAUACAUUUCCCAAGCAGACAUAUAGGCCUCAUAUUGGUGUUCUUAUUUCCUAAGCCAUCACUCUGGCUCCUCCUUAGAGGAAAGUCAAGUAUAAUCCAUAUUUUUUGGUGUUCGGUUUCUUUCUGAAUACUUAACAGCAGGAGAGAACUCCUGUUCCCUACCACAGAGUAGGAAAGAAAUGCACUUUCUACACUUCAAAUUCAAACUGUGACUUCUCUACCUUGGAAUAUUUUCCUGCUUUUUCAGUUGUUGUGUUGUAACUAUUAACUUGUUUUAUUAAGUUGUUUUAUAAAUGUCUUUAUCCCUCUA